UGUAACUCUUUUUCAUUUCAUUAUGUAUCAAUUUAAUUGUUAGGGAAAAAGUUAUAAACAUAUAUAUUUGAAAUAAAUACGUGUUUUUCUUUUAAAUUCUGGGGAAAAUGUAUGUUUGUAGUGUAAUAUGUUUUUAUUUGUUACAUUAUUUGAUGUAUUUUAUAAUAGACGCCCAAGAAGAAAAUUUAAUGAUUGUUUAUAAUCAUGGACUUGAAACAAGAUCGUGCUUUACAUCUAUAACCGAUGUGAGUUAUACACAGUGUUUAAGUUAUUUCCGAAGUAACAAUACUUAUAUCAAUGCUGUAGUUUACAGAAGAAGAUUUCAUCUGUGUGAUAUGUAUUCUGUGUCUGGAAAGUUUGCUUAUAAAAAGGAGCCUGGGUCAAUGCUCGCACAUCGCCCUAUUAUUGAACAAAGUGACUGUCUUUCACUUUUUGAAAGAGGAUCGACAGAAGAUGGCUUAUAUACAAUACAACCACUCAUAGGUUUAAGCAUACAAACAUGGUGCGAUAUGAAAAAUGGUGGAUGGACAGUUAUACAACGUCGACUAGAUGGGUCAGAAAACUUCUACAGAACAUGGACGGAUUAUGUUUGUGGAUUCGGUAAAAGAUCUGGAGAGUACUGGCUUGGCCUUGAGAAUAUAUAUUGGCUUACUACUAUAGACAGUUCUUUGAGAAUUGAAAUGGAAGCAUUUGAAGAUAUGCCACGUACCCAUGCUUAUGCCCAGUACCACACGUUUAGAGUUGACGACGAAAAUUCAAAUUUUAGAUUGCAUGUUAGUGGUUUCUCCGGAAAUUGCAGUGAUAGUCUUAGUUUCCAUAAUGGUAAUAUGUUUACUACUAAAGAUAGGGAUAACGACGUAUGGCCCUACAAUUGCGCUCAGACGUUUAAAGGAGGAUGGUGGUACAAAGCUUGUCAUCUAAGCAAUUUGAAUGGACUGUACUUAUCGGGGAAACACGCAACGUAUGCUGAUGGUAUAAUCUGGAAAACGUGUUGGGGUCAUUAUUAUUCUAUCCGCAGUGUAGUGAUGAAGGUAAAAAGAAAUUUAGCGUAACAGUUAAACGACGGCAAAUACUCUAGUGUACUAAAAUUUUAACAUAUCAAUAGAUGUCAUAUUGUAAAGAACAAAACAAAAACAGCUUAACAUUACUAACCGGUUAACAAAAGAAUUAAUAUGGCAAGAUACUUCCCGGUUCGAAAAUGUCGACUACACGUACAUUUUAUAUGAUUUUAUGUGUAGCAAAACUUUUUACUUAAUCCUUCGAUGUUUGUA